CAGGUUGCGAGGUCCCCUCUUCUCCGCCCGGCACCCCGCAGCUCGUCCCGGUGUCCGGAGCCCGGUGGGGGGCGGCGAGGAGGACGCCCAGGGGGUCCCCGGGCCGCGGGGGACAUGGGGCCGCGCGAGCCCGGCGCGGGACGGCCCGAGACGCGACCGAGGCUGCGGCCACGCGCGACCGGCAGCCCCAGUUAGAGAAGCGGUGACGAGAGGGUUCGGCCCUGCGGGAGCGGACGGAGUUCCCCGGCCCCGAGACUCGGGAGGAGGAGCCGAUCCCGCCCCGGCCCCGGGAGGGAGACCGGGUGUCCCCUUCCCACGGACUGGCUUCGGCGACUUCUUCCCCUGUGCGUCCUGGAGGAUUUAUCGCUGGCGCUAGGACUCGCCUUUUCUGGCUGACUUGGUUCGUUGGUUUCGGAAGCUAACUUACUUUGCUGCGACCCGCAUCCCCUUUCCUUGACCCCCUUCCAAUCGGAUGUUCUAGAUGACUGCAUGGAGUUUUGAGUUGGACUUCUGUGUUCCGGACGGAGUUGGGCCUGAUCCCAGUGCACUGGGGGUGGGGUGGAGGUGUUACUGUAAAAUGCAAGUUGGAUAAAAGGAGGACCUCUCGCCAAGGGCCCCAAUGAGUGGCACACAGUCGACUAUCACCGACAGGUUUCCCCUCAAAAAACCUAUAAGGCAUGGAAGUAUUCUGAAUCGAGAGUCACCCACAGAUAAGAAGCAGAAAGUCGAACGCAGUGCAUCACAUGAUUUUGAUCCAACAGAUAGCUCCUCCAAGAAGACAAAGUCUAGUUCAGAGGAGAGUAGAUCCGAGAUUUAUGGUCUUGUUCAGCGUUGUGUGAUCAUCCAGAAAGAUGACAAUGGAUUUGGGUUGACAGUCAGUGGAGACAAUCCCGUCUUCGUACAGUCUGUGAAAGAAGAUGGAGCAGCCAUGCGGGCUGGAGUACAGACAGGUGAUCGAAUCAUCAAGGUGAAUGGAACUCUGGUGACUCACUCAAACCAUUUGGAAGUGGUGAAGCUAAUCAAAUCCGGUUCCUAUGUAGCUCUCACUGUUCAGGGACGCCCACCUGGGUCGCCCCAGAUUCCGCUUGCUGAUUCUGAAGUAGAACCAUCAGUCCUUGGACAUAUGUCUCCUAUCAUGACAUCCCCUCAUUCACCUGGAGCAUCUGGGAAUAUGGAGAGAAUCACCAGCCCUGUGCUAAUGGGGGAGGAAAACAAUGUGGUUCAUAACCAGAAAGUAGAAAUUCUGAGAAAAAUGUUACAGAAAGAACAGGAACGGCUACAGUUAUUGCAGGAAGAUUACAACCGAACACCUGCCCAAAGAUUGCUAAAAGAGAUCCAAGAGGCCAAGAAACACAUUCCUCAGCUGCAAGAGCAGCUAUCCAAAGCCACAGGCUCUGCUCAGGAUGGAGCUCUAGUUACACCCUCCAGGCCUCUAGGUGACACCUUAACAGUCAGUGAGGCAGAAGUAGAUCCUGGAGAUAUCCCAGGCAGGGCUGAUUGCAGCUCUGGAGAUACUUCUCGGCCGAACAGUGACAGUGCAGAUAGUCCCAGGAGUGGCCUCAGAGAGAGGAUUUCUCUGGAAGAAAACCCAGAGAAAACCGAAGCAGUUCAGGACACUGACACUCAGGCACUCAUUGGGAGUCCCUCAACCCGUAUGACACCUCAUAUUAUUGGAGCAGAGGAUGAUGAUUUUGGAACUGAGCACGAACAGAUUAAUGGGCAGUGCAGCUGUUUCCAGAGCAUUGAACUGCUAAAAUCUCGCCCUGCUCACUUGGCUGUUUUCUUACACCAUGUAGUUUCACAAUUUGACCCUGCAACAUUGCUCUGUUAUCUCUAUUCAGACUUGUAUAAACAGACCAAUUCCAAGGAAACUCGCCGCAUCUUCCUGGAGUUUCAUCAGUUCUUCCUGGAUCGAUCGGCACAUCUGAAAGUUUCUGUUCCUGAUGAGAUCUCUAUGGAUCUAGAAAAGAGACGACCUGAACUUAUUCCCGAGGAGCUGCAUCGCCAUUAUAUCCAGACUAUGCAAGAAAGAGUCCACCCAGAAGUUCAGAGGCACUUAGAAGAUUUUCGGCAGAAACGUAGCAUGGGACUGACCUUGGCAGAAAGUGAAUUGACUAAACUUGAUGCAGAGCGAGACAAGGACCGCAUCACUCUGGAGAAGGAGCGGGCGUGUGCAGAGCAGAUUGUUGCCAAAAUUGAAGAAGUGUUGAUGACUGCUCAGGCUGUUGAAGAAGAAAAGAGUUCCACAAUGCAGUAUGUUAUUCUCAUGUAUAUGAAACAUUUGGGAGUAAAAGUGAAAGAACCUCGAAAUUUGGAGCAUAAGCGGGGUCGGAUUGGAUUCCUUCCAAAAAUCAAGCAAAGUAUGAAGAAAGAUAGAGAAGGCGAAGACAAAGGGAAGCGAAGAGGAUUUCCUAGCAUCUUGGGACCUCCAAGGAGACCAAGUCGUCAUGACAACAGUGCAAUUGGCAGAGCCAUGGAGCUGCAGAAGGUGCGCCACCCUAAGCACUUAUCCACACCCUCAUCUGUGAGUCCUGAACCUCAAGACUCUACAAAGUUGCGCCAGAGCGGGUUAGCAAGUGAAGCAGCAGACAUUGGCUAUCCACCUGCCAAUUCCGUGUCAUCUGUUGCUUCAGGGGCUGCUCUUUCCCAGGAAGGAGGAAAAGAGAAUGAUACGGGGUCAAAGCAAAUUGGAGAAACCCCAGCAUCUGGAGACUCCUUGGAUGGCCCACCUCGCACUCCCAAUACUGCCUUUGAUUUUCCACCUCCUCCAUUAGACCAAGUGCAGGAGGAGGAAUGUGAAGUAGAAAGGGUGAUUGAACAUGGAACACCAAAGCCCUUUCGAAAGUUUGACAGCUUAGCUUUUGGAGAAAGUCAAAGUGAAGAUGAACAAUUUGAAAAUGACUUAGAAACAGAUCCACCUAAUUGGCAGCAGCUUGUUAGUCGAGAAGUGUUACUGGGACUGAAACCUUCUGAAAUCAAAAGGCAAGAAGUAAUUAAUGAAUUGUUCUACACGGAAAGAGCUCAUGUUCGAACACUGAAAGUUCUUGAUCAAGUGUUUUAUCAGCGAGUGUCUAGAGAAGGAAUUUUGUCACCGUCAGAACUACGGAAGAUUUUUUCUAACUUGGAAGAUAUUCUUCAGCUUCAUAUUGGGCUGAAUGAACAAAUGAAGGCUGUUCGAAAGAGGAAUGAGACUUCUGUUAUUGAUCAAAUUGGGGAAGAUUUGUUGACCUGGUUCAGUGGACCGGGGGAAGAGAGACUGAAACACGCUGCUGCCACCUUCUGCAGUAACCAGCCUUUUGCCCUGGAAAUGAUCAAGGCUCGUCAGAAAAAGGAUUCUCGAUUCCAGACUUUUGUGCAGGAUGCUGAGAGUAAUCCUCUGUGUCGUCGUCUUCAGCUAAAGGAUAUCAUUCCCACUCAAAUGCAGAGGCUUACAAAAUAUCCACUUCUGUUGGAUAACAUUGCCAAGUAUACAGAAUGGCCCACAGAGAAGGAGAAGGUGAAGAAAGCUGCAGAUCACUGUCGUCAGAUCUUAAAUUAUGUAAAUCAAGCUGUCAAGGAGGCAGAAAACAAGCAGCGCUUAGAAGAUUAUCAGCGUCGUCUUGAUACUUCCAAUCUGAAGUUGUCAGAGUACCCAAAUGUGGAAGAGCUCAGGAAUUUGGACUUAACAAAAAGGAAGAUGAUUCAUGAAGGGCCAUUGGUUUGGAAAGUGAAUAGAGAUAAAACUAUUGAUCUGUAUACAUUGCUGCUGGAAGACAUUCUUGUAUUGUUACAAAAGCAAGAUGAUAGAUUGGUGUUAAGGUGUCAUAGUAAGAUUCUGGCAUCUACAGCUGAUAGCAAACACACAUUUAGCCCUGUCAUUAAGUUGAAUACAGUGCUGGUUCGCCAGGUGGCAACAGAUAACAAAGCUUUUUUUGUCAUCUCCAUGUCAGACAAUGGAGCCCAAAUUUAUGAACUAGUGGCACAGACGGUUUCAGAGAAGACUGUCUGGCAGGACCUUAUCUGUAGGAUGGCUGCAUCAGUGAAGGAGCAAUCCACAAAGCCAAUCCCAUUAUCAGAAUCUCCAUCUUGCGAAGGAGACAAUGAUGAAGAAGAACCUUCAAAAUUAAAAGGAGAACAUCAUGGCAUUUCAGUCACUGGCCUGCGAAGCCCAGAUAGAGAUUUGGGAUUAGAAGCUCCCUUAAUAUCAUCAAAACCUCAGUCUCAUUCACUGAGUACUUCUGGAAAAUCGGAGGUAGAUGAUCUCUUUGUGACUGAGAGACAGUUUGCAAAGGAGCAGAAUUCAGAUGGAACACUAAAGGAAGCUGGAGUAAAUUAUCAGAUCACAAUCCCAGAUUCGUACUUGCCUGUCUCAGAAGAACGGUGGGCUACGGAUGCACUAAGGAAUUUGGACUUACUGAAGCAGCUGCUGGUCCAAGAGUUGGGUUUGACUGAGAAAAGCACUCAGGAAGAUUGGCAACAUUUCCCAAGACAGAGGACAGCCUCUCAGGGGGUACAGGCAGACAGCGGAACCAGGAACUCUGAAACUGUUAAGGACUGUCACGCUGGUGAAGGACAGGUGCCUGUUAGAACUGGAACUGGUGACAUUGCAACUUGUUACAGUGCACGGACUUCAACUGAAUCUUCUGUUCGACGGGAUUCAGUGGUACUGGCAUCCCAAGAGAGCCAGGCAAGUAGCAUUUUAGUAAUGGACCACAUGAUUAUGACCCCAGAGAUACCUACCACAGAGCCAGAAGGGGGUCUGGAUGAAAGUGGAGAGCACUUUUUUGAUGCCCGUGAAGCACAUAGUGAUGAUAAUCCAUCAGAAGGUGAUGGCACAGCUAAAAAGGAAGAGAGCGAUGUUAAUUUACACAUCUCAGGAACCUGUCUGCUCCUUGAUGGCUAUGAACUGAUGCAGGAGAGCUCCACAGACGAGGAGGUCGCCUCCUCACUCGGCCUGCAGCCCACCACAGGCAUGCCCUCUGUGGACUCCCCCUACCCGCAGCAGGAUUCUCCCCAGAAUACUCGUUCUGAGGAGGUUGUUUCACCCUUCAGCCCGGAAUUCCUGAUGCAGCAGCGCUGGGGAGCUAUGGAGGAUUCCUGCUUUGAGAUCCAGAGUCCUCUGUCUUGUACAGAUUCACACAGCCAGAUCAUGGAGUACAUUCAUAAAAUAGAGGCUGACCUUGAACACUUAAAGAAGGUGGAGGAAAGUUACACCAUUCUUUGCCAAAGGCUGGCUGGAUCAGCCCUCACAGAUAAACACUCAGAUAAAAGUUAGAGCUGCGUGUCCUGGAGAUGACCACAGGUUGUUGGAUUUUGAGCACCAGCCUUGUAUCAUCACAUCCUGACUCCAAGUGUGGAUGCAGAGAGAAUGUGUGACGGAGGAUCUGCCUGUUAACAGCCACGGGUUGGCUAUGUCCAAGGUGCCCACAGUUGGACUGUUCAUCACAGUCUGGCAGUUGCACUAGUCUGUCAGGGAGAGGGCAUCCAUUCUCUCACUCUCCUCACUGUUGGAAAUUCAUUUUGAUUCAGAACGAAAACCAAAUGUAUAGAGCUUUGGGUGUAGGAUAUGAAAUUGUACUUAGACUUAAGAAAGUAAAUCAGAUGUAUUUAUUUGACUUCAUUCCGUAUUUGAAAGCACAUUUUAAUUUUUAUUUGCCUCAUUUUAUUUUCAUUGAGUAGUGAGUUUUGUAUUUAGUACACCCAAGGAUCAGUUGCUCCUGAAGCAAAGAGGUCAGGAAUGGGUAUUUGAAGUUUGGGUGAAGAGUUGGAAGAAAAGAAGGUGAGAAGAGGAAGGGAAGAACACCCUACCUUCACUGAACUGUAUUCCAUGCCCUCUGCUGGCCACUAGGCUGCUUUUCUGCAGGUUGCAUAGUAUGCCCUGUGACUUGUUUGUGCAAAGGACUUGAGUUGUGUGCUGCCCAGGUGGUCCGAGAGCAGAUGCGCUUCCAUCCUACUCUAAGGCAAGCACCUCCUCCCUGUAGCUGGGAUCAACCCCUCACUUAACAGGAAUCCUCAAUGUACUAAAUAACAGGCACUUGAAAAUGGAUGUGUUUUCUUCUGUUGUCUUUUCUAUUGAGGGUUGGGAGUUGGGAGGGAGAGGAAAGCAAAUUUUAUUUUCUUGACUAUAAAUUUGUUAUUCUUGGUAUUGUUUCAUUUUUAUAAUUAUACAUUACACUUUGGCACUUGUGUAAAAUUAUCCCUGCAGACUGAGCAGGAAGUAAGCAAGCCAAUGGAAAUGCUUCAUAUGGUAGCAGGGGUGGGGGCUGCUAAGGAAGGGUGGGAUAGGAGUGGGUGAAGUUUGGGGGUUAUCUAACUGAAUCACUACUGAGUUGAACCAUGGCUAUUGUUAGCUGCGGGUACUGCUGAUUAUAAGGCCAGUAAAACUUUAGUACCUGGAGGUUUGACUCUUAACUUUUGCACUGAUGGUGCCAAAGGGCUCUUGGAAUCAAGAGGAGAGCCCAGGACAGAGUGGACAGAUAACGGUGGAGCAGGCAGACUGCCUCACCAACUCCAGAGCACUUCCUCUGACGUCAUUGCUGUAGCUCUCCACACUGGGCCCUGACUGACCUUCCAAAUUGCAGACCAGAGCAUACACUGGACACCGCAGGCAAGAUGUUGGCAACUGCCUGCUGUAGAAUGAAUGGUAGUAUUGGCAGCGUCCAACAGAGAAUAAAUAUCUCAGAAUUGUAACUUGAGACUCCUUCAUUUAUAUUGGCUUUCUGUGGUUUUCUUCACGCAUUAAGCAUAGAUGUUCUUUGAGUAUUUUUCCAACUCAAAACAUUUGUCAAAUGAAAUCUGUCAAUUUUGUGGUUGAAUGAGGAGUGCACCAUUGUUCACAACUUUCAGUAGUGCCCUCUGAAGUCCGUGGUAGUAGGAUCUAAUUUUAUUCUUUCCUGCAGGUAAAAAGAGGAAAAAAGUUGUUCUUGCCAUAAGUGGUAAGGAAUCCUAACUGUUUUCAUAAACACCACUACAACUUAACAGAUUCACCCGUCUGCAUCAGAUUCCUGUUUCUGUCCUUUCAAAGUUGGUGUUUUUCCAUAGAUGGGAUCUUUGGACCUCAUCUAUACAUUGAAAUUCUAUUUCAAGUUAUAGGCCAAAGUAUAAUUUAAUUCAGAAUCAAAUAAAAAGUUUUAGAAUUAGAAGCUAAUAUAUAUGUGAAACAUGGAAGUUGGAAUCUUGUAUAUCUCUUAUGAUAAGCAAGUAGAAGCCAACUGCUUACCCUAUGCUGCUGGAAAAAGUGUUCUGUUUCCCCACCCACCAGAAUUAACACUGUGGCCACUUAACACUAAGACCAUCAGGUGGCAGUUAGAGAAAGGUGAAUAAAAUGGAACUUUCACCUUAACUUCAGACACUACAGGAUAAUUACAUAAUUUUCUAACACUCAGUUAAGAAGCUUGUAGGUUAGUAAAGUUUUGGAUUCUAUUCUAGAUUAGUCCGUAUCUUGUCCUAAGCAGCUGCUUGCUUUUCUUUUCUUGCAGUUUAACCUUUCCUCAAAGUUCUAACAGGACUAACUGGAAAAAUAUUUGACCAUGGCUCUAGUACUUCCAAAUAAGUUCAUAACUAGAUUUUCAAAUGGUGCCUCAAGAUGAGUCUUAUUUUGAAAAACUCCCAAAAUUUUUGGAGUUGUUUUUAUUUUACUAGCCUCACUUCUUCCUUUCUCCCCUCAUAACCUUGCCACAUAUGCCUUCCAUUUCAGUUUGGUUGUUAGUCACGUCCAUUUGGCUUCCAUAUUAUUAGCUCCCUUUCAGGAUUCUGGGAUUAGAUAUUCAUCCUGUCUUUGAGACUGGUUACCAUCAAAGUAGUUUUCUCAGAGUUCUAUGACUAGAAAUAUGAGUCUAAAAAAAUGCAGGGGCAGUGGGCAAAGCAGCUGUCCCAGAGCAAGAAUGCUGUGUCUCGGCCAUUGAGGGAUCCCCUGUGGCACUGCAAUCCUGCUGGGGCCUCUGCUGUUAAGUGGCAAAUUACGUUUGGAGUGUCUCCUUCCUUUUCAGAGAACAAAGUUAAUCAAGGCAAAUCAGCAAGCCACCAAAGUGCUAUAAUUUAAAAUCAUGCUCAUUACUCUAGGAGACAUGUAUUUUGCAUGCUUUAAAAUCAGCUGACUUGGGUUACUUGAAUUGUGUUGGCUUUUAGAACUCAAAUUGGAAUUGAUUAUACUAUAUUGUAUGGGAGGUAAACUUACAUUUCCUCAGCCUUUGGUUUUCUUUUUUUCAGCUUCUAAUGACUGUUCAAAAGGACAAAUCUCCUUUAUAAUGUUAUUUAUUCAUUCUCUGGGAGGUGAAGGAGGAGCUAUUGUGAUAAGAAAAGUUUGGGGCUUUUUUCCCCUUGUUUUUAAAAGCAACAGAAAAUGAUUAUGCUUGCUAUGAGUUAUGUUACUUGCAUACUCUCCACUCGCCCCAACCCCCAUCUUUGAUGUUAGUGAAUUGUGUGUGUUACACGGGACUUCCAUAUUUCAAUCUGUAGUUGGUUAUGAUGUUGCUUUGAGUCACUAGAGCUUUGGUCAAUGUUUCCUUCCCAGUAUAUUACAGAGGGCAGCAUUGAAAACUGUGCAUAGGAGGACUUCAAAAUACAAAUUUAGCAGGAUUUACAGUCAGCUUACUGCUGGCUAGGAAAAUUUCACUCUUGUAUUACAGUUUUUGUAUUGUAAUCAUGUAUUUUCUGACAUCUCCCCCUCCCUGCCCCCUUUUCAAAAAGACCUGAAAAACUGUCCUUUCCUCAGAAAAGAGUUGCUUUUGUGUCAUGUCAUUCCUUAGGUUUUCCCCACUGGUACCAAGGAUUUUGAUAGUAAAUUGGUAGGAAAAAAAAACGUACCUCCUAGAAGGAAGCUUUCCCCACCAUUUCCAGGUGCCAACUGCUAAGCAGAUGUACUGCAAAAACAGUGACUGUAAUGUGCACAUUGUUGGUUAUUUUUAAUAAGCCUCUUCCUACUAGAACAUUUUAUUUUCCUUGUUCACCAUACAAUCAUGUACUCUUUAACAGAAAUUGCUUUAAAGAAAAAUCUGGAACUAUCUUUAAAAACUUUAUUAAUAAUCAUGUAUUUUUACUGAUCACAUUUUGAAAUGCCUAAAAGACUUUAUUGUUCUAAUUAUCCAGAUGUACCUUUGUAAAAUAGCUCUUUUAUGAAUUAGCUCAUAAGGCUGUAUGUUUCUGGAACAAAAUAUUGGUAAUCUAAAAACUUUCUGUUUUCUGGGGUCUGGGAAAAUAGAAAAUAAGAGUUCAAAUAUUAAAUAAGCUUAAAGAAA